AUGGGAAAGAAACAAGUGUGCCCACCUCGUGCCCUCCCUCCAGUGCCAAGUGCAGAUGAAAUUCCACUCAGUCGUCCCAAAAAAAGGAAACCCAAAGGAAAGACUCCAUUAGAUGGUAUUGUGCAAGCAGCAGUUCGACGGCAGUCUGAAAGCAGUGAGCCCCUAACUCCUGAACCUCAUGAUGUCCCUCCUCAAAGGAAACGCAAGAAGAAGAAAGUACCUACUGAUUCUGAGACCUCUUUUACCCAGCAAAACGUUGCAUCCCUAUUUCAGAAUGGAAAUGGCAUGGAUGUCCCUGAAGCUGAAGAAACAGUGAUCCGCAAACAGAGAAAAAGAACAAAGAAACCUCGGCCAGCUGAAAUGCACUGUUCCAAUGAGCUGGAAGUGGAGGAGGAAGACAUCAUUGAAGAUGAGCACAGAAAGAGCCCAGAUCAGCAGCCUGUGUUUGCUGCUCCCACUGGAAUUAGCCAGCCUGUUAGCAAAGUGUUUGUUGAAAAAAAUCGGCGUUUUCAGGCAGCUGACCGUGCAGAAUUGAUUAAAACCACCGAAAAUAUCAAUGUACUUAUGGAUGUGAAGGCCUCCUGGACUACCAGAGAUGUUGCUCUCUCAGUGCACCGAAGUUUUAGGGUGAUCGGACUCUUUACCCAUGGCUUCCUUGCUGGGUAUGCUGUAUGGAACAUCAUUGUUAUCUACAUUUUGGCAGGAAAUCAGUUUUCCACAGUUUCUAAACUGCUCGAGCAGUAUAAGACACUAGCAUACCCAGCUCAAAGUUUGUUCUAUUUGUUGCUGUCUAUCAGUACAGUUUCAGCCUUUGACAGGAUUGAUUUGGCAAAAGCAUCAGUUGCAGUGAGGGGUUUUCUUACCCUAGACCCAGCAGCAGUAGCCUCUUUCCUGUACUUUGCUGCUCUUAUUUUAUCCUUAAGCCAGCAGAUGACAUGUGACAGAAUUAACCUCUACACACCACCUUCAGAAAAUGGCAGCAUCUGGAUGGCAGGUACAGAGGAAGAAAUUGUUCAGCCGUGGGUUGUGGUGAAUCUGGUAGUGUCUAUUCUAGUUGGGACAAGUUGGAUCUUCUUGUCUUACCGACCAGAGUUAGACCACAGUGAAGAACUGAUGUUUCAUACUGAAAUCGAGGAAUUUCCCCAGGGAGAUAUCAUACCCAGAGUCCAGCCAUAGUAUGGAACAAGCAUCUGCAAAUACUGCAGCUCUGACUGUUGGCUCAACAUGAUGUGUAUUAUAGUUAUGUAUUAUAACUUUCA